AUGGGAACAAUGAUGCACAGCUUAGACGCAGCAGCAACGGGAGAGCAGCAAAGGAAGCAGCAGCACCGCAAAUGCCUAGGGUGCGUCUUGAAACGAUGUUUCUGCUGCUGGUGCUGCUGCAGCAACUGCUGUUGCAGCUGCUGCGGCUGCAGUUGCAGCACAGGAGAGACGGCAGGCAUCGGCAGGUUCAUGCUCAGCAGCAGCAGCAACUGGUAUUCUGCCUCGAUUUUCGCAACUGCAGCAGCAGCAGCGAAGUAA